GAAGGAUGAAGAGAGAGAGAGACUCGGAGUGGAGGUGCUCUCGUUGAUCAUCACAAUUCACCUAGUGUUCGAGUAGUCCGAGCUGCACUCGCAGUAAAAUUACCUUUAGAAACAUGACUGUGAAGAUUGCUUUGGGUGCUGUUGUUUGUUGCGUGCUUGUUUUAGCACCAAUGUGCCUUGCUGGAGGAGGCGGUGGUGGCAGUUCGCACAAGAAAGUUAUAAUCCAUGUGCCCUUCAAAGUGAAAACCAUCCAUCACACGCACACUGUUUACAAGCAUGUAGGUGGUCAUGACCACGGUGGCGGCGGUGGUGACAGCGAGUAUUACAAGGUCAUCGGAUACAGCGGCGGCAUCGACGGCGGUCAAGUUGGACAUUCCAGCGUUGGAGGUGGACAUUCCGGCGGCGGUGGUGGUGGCGGAUUCGGCCAUAGCUACGGAGGCGGUUUCGGCGGAGGUCACAGUGACAAAAGUGAACAAGUCUCUGCAGGCGGUUCGUACGGUGGAGAUGCCGGCGGCGAUGCUGCUGGUGGUGGAUACUCCGACUUCGGAAGUAGCUACUCUGGAGGACACAGCGAGAGUUCCGUGGGUAGUUACGAGAGCUACGCCGGAAGCAGCGAACACGGUGGUGACCAUGGUUACAGCGGAGGAUACUCCGGUGGAUACAGCGCCAAGCAAUUGAGCAGCUACGGCGGAGACGAAGGAACCAGCGGCUACGGAGGCGGUUACGAAUCCGGCGGCGAAACCGGAGGUUACGAGAGCUCCGAAGGAGGUAGUUACGGUCAUCAAGAGUAA